CAUAAAGAAGCCUUGUAUAUACAAAAACUGAUGUGUUUAUUUUCAAACAGGAACAAUUCUAAUUUACAGAUACAUUUUUACUUAAUAAAUAUUUGAAAUUAUUUAAUGCAAAAUGGAUCAAGAAUAUUUUUCUAAUAUGUACCAAUGGUUUGAAAAAUGUGGAGUGAUAUCGAACAUAAGAACGCAUCUUCGACAAAACUUAAUAAAUGCGUUAAAAAGUAAAGAUUUCACUUUGAAAAACAAUAGUCCGAAGUCUGCGAAACAAUAUAUUUACGAUUUACUAAUAGCAGAGUAUUUGUUGAACCAUAAUUAUGCUUAUACUCUAUCUGUAUUUGCAAGUGAAGCACCCCUGUUAAUAGAUUUUUCUAAGAAAACUGUUCAGUGUUCUGAUGAAAAUGAGAAAUGUAAUAAAGAAAAAUUACGAAGCGACUAUGUAUCGCAUGCCUUAGAAACGUUAGGUAUAAAUCCUCAUGACCCUAAGGGGCAGUACGUCAUAUCACAGUAUAUUGAAAAUGAUAUGCCACUUCUUUUAUGUAUAUUAAAAUGUAUCACAAUGUUCUCUUAUAAUCUGCACAAUGAUGUGCCAAUAAAAGAAAAGAUAAUUCUUUGUAAUGAAUAUACACAAACUGAAUUUUCUUGGCAAUCUUACAAUGCAUAUAUAGAAAAAUUAACUGCAUUGAAGAAGAAAUUGAUUAUACAUAAACAGACAGUUGAUCACAAGUUGCAUGAAAGAGAAAUGAUGUUAAAAGAACAAGCAAUACUCAUCGAACAGCAGCUUGAAAUAUUGAACAAAAAACUGCAGGAAGUUCAGAACAUCAUGCAUUCCUUGAGUUUGAAGGAAAAACAUUUGAAAGAAAAGAAGCAGAGUAAGGAGCAUCAGAUUUUUCAAAAGGAAAUGGAAUUGACAUUGAAAGAAAGAUUAUUGUUACAGGAAGCAGAGAGAUUGCAGGAAGAACAGGACAAGCGUAAUAAAUUAGAGCAAGAGCUAAGAAAGUUACAAGAACAGAAAAGAAUGCAACCAGAACCCUCGGUAGACAAAGGAUCUAAUCUUAUAUUUAAAAACAUAGAAGUACAAACGGACGAUAUUAAUGACAUAAUACAAAAAGAUAAAAUUAAAGUUCUUACUAAGGAGAAGGAAGAAUUAACUGCCCUUGUACAGGAUCAACAGUCAAAGAUUGAACAGAUAACUCAACGCGCUCUUCAGUUAUCACGUCAAGUAGAAGGAAUACGUUCGUUGAGACCCAUCAGCGUAGAAGUUCCAACGCAAACUGUUAAUACAAACACGGUUAUCAGUGAAAGUAGCUCAACAGAAGAUAUUCUUCAAGAUGCAAAGCUGAGGCUUAAACGUUUGGAAGAAGAAAGUUUGAAAGCAGAUCAAUAUUAUUAUAAUUUCAUCAAUAAUUCACCAUGAUGUUGCCUUUAUAGUAAUUUUAUAGCAGUAAGAAAUUUGUUUAAGAAAUAUACAUCAAUUUUACAGCACAA